ACCACUCCCUCCCCACCAACAACCGUCAUGCUCCGAUCCUCUUCGCCUGCACAGAAAACAGGUCUACCUACACUCCCCUUCCGCAACAUGUCUCACUCCUAUACUCACUCCGGCGGGAUCCCUCUUCGCCAGCCAUGAGCGGGCGACUCUCCCUUUUCCUUCGUCUUCUUCCUCCUCCUCCACCUCCUCCUCCUACCAUCAUGGCACCCGUUCCUCCGCGACCGUCAACGCCGACAACUCCCUCCGCCCACCGCCGCGUCGCUAUCUGGUCACCCGGUCGCAUUACAAAGCGCCAGCAUCAAACCCCCGUCUCCGCCGUGGCCUUCCACAUGGCAUCGCCUGGAUCUCCACCCCGCCCGCGCGGUGGCCACCACCGAAUCCCUCCCCCGUGUCCAUCACCCCUCGUCGAAGCGGUCAUGAAACGCCUGGACCUCCACUACGGAAAAUGCGUCUCCAAAUCCACGACCAAGCAAGAGACGAGAUGCACGCGACUGUUGGGCACCCGACCCAAUACCCACUACCUCGUCAGUGCCCUGGUCGCCGUCAUGCAGCAGCCGACUAUCAUUCCCGCCCAUGUCGUCCACGCAUAUCUAAUGUUGCUGGGCGUCGCGAGCUGCAAGGACCACGCCCUCGGGCAACACGUCGAUCACGGGUGGUUCAUGUCCCAUCUGCUGCAGGACAUCUGGGCCAUUCAUGAGUGUAUUCGUUUGUGUGGGAAUGGGGAGGUCGCGCUGCCCGCUACGCCUGCAAACCAUGGCCAUCUGGAGGAGCCACUCUGGACCGGUGUCGUGCAGAGUCAUCAUGCAGCUGCUCCAUCCAACCUCAAUUCAACCCUCAGCCUCGACUUUGAUGACUGGGAGAGCUUCCUCGGUCCCGCGCCACCACCGACUCCGAUGCAGGAACUCAAUGCCCUUUACGAGGCGUGGAAGUAG